GCCUCGUCUCCCCGGCUGCUGCUGCUCGGUCAGCUGACCGGAGUCCCGUGAUGACGAGGCGCAGAAAGGAAAGCAGGACCUUCGCCAAGGGGCUGCUGCUGCUGCUGCUGCCUGAUGUCUCCGCCGGCGCGCUCCUCCAUCCUUCGCUCCCCAGCGGCUGCUCUAGGGCUGCUGCUGCUGCUGCUGCUGCUCUGCUUGCAGCUUCCCUGUCCCGGAGAUGCUGCUCGCUACGACCCCACGUGGGAGUCGCUGGACUCCCGGCCGCUCCCCGCCUGGUUUGACGAAGUCAAGUUCGGCAUUUUUAUCCACUGGGGCGUCUUCUCGGUGCCAGGCUUCGGCAGCGAGUGGUUUUGGUGAGGCUCCCCACCCACCCACUGCUCAAGCUCAUUGACCUUGCCCGCCCCUCUUCUUCCCGAGCGCAUCGUGCCGGCCAAUUCCCUCCAGGGUGGGAAAUGUCAAGGAGGGUGACUGCCUCCCUGGGGUACCAACUUGAAUAAAAUAUUGGGGGGGGCAGGUCAGUCUCGCCCCGCAUAAUGGAUCACAAGACAUAAUGCACGCACACUAUUUGAAUGGCAAUGCCCAUCAAUCUUGGGGGGGGGGGCUGGCCCCCUCAAAUAUUUUAUUGGGGAGCCCAAAGUUAUCUUGGCCCCUAGGGGUUGCCACCUAUGCUGCCUCUGGUGGGUCCGCUGUGAUCCUCGGACUCAGCCGCGUGCUAGAGAGGGACGAAUGAUACAAAACUUAACUCGGAAGCCCUGCCAUUUUAGCUCUAAGGUGGGCGGGCUCUAGCUAUUCAGUGAAAGCUACUGCUUCAUGUAUUCAUGUAAGUGAGGGGGCUCUAAGGAUGAACCCUUGGGAAAUCCUGCACCUCCACUAAUGAACUGAAUUUGAGGAGCAGCUAAACAAUUGCCCAGAGUGACAUCGCAUAACCUCCACGCAAGCAAAUCAGAGAGAUUGCUCAAUGGACACCGGAAGAUGUGUAGUCUCCUUGCAAACGUUUUCUGAAUAAAUGGAAUUAAGCUCACAAUAAACAGGCUGUAUGAGAAGUGACCUGAGUUCUAAAGCUGCAAACUAGCUCCAGGGCAAGGAGCAUUUUCACACAAGUGGCUUAUAUUGGUUUGGACUUUAUGUCGAUCGACAAAGCAAAGCUUACCAUGAUUAGGAUGUGCAGUUGAUUUUUCUUCACUCCAUUCACAUGUGUGGCAUAAAUAAUAUGAGAAUAGGCUUUAAGUAGAAUAAUAGAAGCAUAACCACCCCACCCCACUCACCACUCACCCCUUUUUCCUUUCUUUUUUCUUCUUCCUAAUUGUUUAAACCAAUUCUUAAUCCAGGAACUUAUACGUUGAUCACUAAUAAUGAAACAUGUUGAUUUGGUAGAAAGCAGCUUCUUGUGUUUCCUAAAAGCCCCAUGAUCAGGACACCUGCAGGACUAUACUCCAGAACAUGUUUGAAUCUUUGUUCAGGAACUUCUGGAUGCUUCUGCCUUUGUGUGCAGAUACAAUAGGCUUGUUUGUUUCCUUUGUAGGUGGUAUUGGCAGAAAGAAAAGAGAGAGCCCUAUGUAAACUUUAUGAAGAGCAACUAUCCUCCUGGUUUCAGUUACCAAGAUUUUGGCCCUUUGUUUACAGCAGAGUUUUUUGAUGCCAACCAGUGGGCAGACAUUUUGAAAGCGUCAGGUGCCAAAUAUGUUGUCUUGACUUCAAAGCACCAUGAAGGUAAACUUGAAUGUAUUUCUUUCUGAGCUCAGUUGUUUUGUUUGUUUCAGCAGACAAAAAGCCUGGGUGGGGCUUAAUCAUUCAGCUGCUGAGAUACAGAGGUUUUCAACCAUUUUGAGUCCAUGGCUCCUUUGGCCAACUACAUUCUUUCUGCGGCUCCCCUGUGGGGAAACACUCUCCAAGCCUCAGAAGCUCAGUUACAUCACCCCUUGCCUUCAGAGCUGCGAGUCCUUUGCCUGUUUUCGAACACCCUCCCUUGUGGAGUGUUCCCUCAGCCUGCUCUCUUCUCCUUGGGAGUCCUCUUAGCAGCAGUCACCACUGCCCCUGGUCUUUGAGCUGUCCCAAAGAGAGGUGCCUCCUCACACCCCCCAACAGGGGCCUGGGAAGAGGAUUCCCCCAGCCUUAGCAGCCCAAUGGAGACUGACCCAAGGUGAAUGUGAGGCCAGCACCUUACUCACCUUGGGAGGCAGCAGUGGCAGCAGCGAGUGCCACUGGGCCUGCACAGUGGAAAGGCUCUCCUUCGGUGCUGGGCACUCAGCUCCCAGGCAGGCAUUGCACACAGCAAGCACAAGAAAGGCCAGUGCAGAACCUGCCUACCUGCCCGGCCUCCCACUUGGCCAUCCAUUCCCAACAGCAAGGGCUGGUGGACUGUACUCCAUACAACAGCUAAUUUAAUUCAAAGCAUGCUUUAGUUAAAGAACGUAAGAGCCAGUUGGAUCAGGCCAGUGGCCCAUCUAGUCCAGCAUCCUGUUCUCACAGUGGCCAACCAGAUGUCUGUUUGAAACCUGCAAGCAGGAGCUGAGCACAAGAGCUCUCUUUCCUCCUGAGGCUUCCAGCAACAGGUUCCAGCAUUAGGUUAAACAAGAAUGCAAAAUAAAGGUGCACGAUAUAUUUACAAUUAUAGUUAUUUUAUUAAUCCCAACAUUCGUUUCCUAGGUUUUACAUUGUGGGGAUCUAAAUAUUCUUGGAAUUGGAAUGCUGUUGAUGUUGGACCCAAACGGGACAUUGUGGCUGAAUUAGCAUCAUCCAUUAGAAAUAGAACUGUCUUACACUUUGGACUCUAUCACUCGCUCUUCGAAUGGUUCAAUCCUCUUUUCCUUGAUGAUGCCUCUAGUGGGUUCCUAAAAAACCAGUUCCCAAGUGCCAAGUCACUCCCAGAGCUGUAUGAGAUUGUGAACAAGUACCACCCAGAGAUUCUGUGGUCAGAUGGAGAUGCGCAUGCCCCGGACACUUAUUGGAACAGCACUGGCUUCCUAGCUUGGCUUUAUAAUGACAGGUGAGUCCCUUCCCCACUCCCUGCCCUUGAAAUAAUGCAUUCAAUAUUAAUAAUUGCAAGAAACUUGUUUCCUAACAGCUUUUUAAUGGCAUUUCAUGAAACUCGUUGCUUCAGGCUGAUGCAUUUACAAACAGUUUCUUAGGAGUAAGUCCCACUAAACUUACUUCUGAGUGAACAUGUGCAGGGUUUCACUGUUGAUAAAUUAUUUCAUGAUAACAAAUUCUAAUUUACCUACCUAAAUAAGAUAUUGAGAGAGAAUGGGGUACAUCAUACUAGUUCCUUGUGGUUUUGGAAUGUGGCUGUCAUUUCAGGUGCCUGUGAUUUCUGACCUGUAGUUACACAGCUUAGGAGUCCUGGACAAGUGCAGUUUUCUUCUUCAGUAGGUUAGUGACAUUUAUAACCCAGUGCCCUGACUUAUUCAUUUCAAAUACUUGAAGACUUGAUGAUAUUUGACCCAAUUCUGCUGGAAGCAUUUGUCUAAACCAGCCUCCUUCAACCUGAUGACCUUCAGAUGUUAUGGACUAAAGCCAGCCAGGGUGGUCAGGAAGUAUGGUAGGCUGAAACAUCUGGAGGACACCAGUUCAGCAAAGGCUGAAGUAAACCAGCCUUCCUUAACCUUGAGCCCUCAGAUGUUCUUGGACAGCAGCCCACAUAAUCUGCAACAACUUGUGGAAACUCAAGGUUGGUGAGGACUGGUCUAAAUGCAACUCAGUCUGACGCAUUCUCCACUGUUCUGAUUUUUCACUGAUUGUUCAUAUGUUGUUGGAAGUCACAUUUCCAAUGAGUUGCAGGAGGGAUGUGUUUGUCCAGUGGCAGAUGUAGAGGAAGGCCCUAAGUUGCUUAGAAAAUGAUUUGAAAAUGUUGCUUAAGCAUUUCAAGCAAAUCGUAAAGAUUGGCCUAUUUAAAUAGUUUAGAUAGACCACACGAUUUCCUUUAGGUGUAAUAGGACUUUCUGAUAGCUAAAGAACUGCCAGUUGGUUUAUCAGCUGCUUAUUUUUUUGAAACUGGUUCCUUUCUGGUGUGCCUGUAAAUAGAGGGGUGGAAAAUAUUAAAAACAAAUGGCAGCUUUUGUUGAAAAUGUGAAAUUGCUUACACAUUCUGAAAAAGGCCCUGCUGUUGAGAUUUUGGUUUUAUGCAAAUGUGUGUUAUAUUUAUUUGAGUAAAUACUUCAGAUGAUUAACAGCAAAAUCCUAUGCAUGGCUACUGAGAAGAAAGCCCAUUUGAAUUCAGGUAAGUAGGUAAGAGGGACGUGGGUGGCGCUGUGGUAUAAACCACUGAGCCUUGGGCUUGCUGAUCGGAAGGUCAGCGGUUCGAAUCCCUGCAACGGGGUGAGCUCCUGUUGUUCAGUCCCUGCUCCUGCCAAUCUAGCAGUUCGAAAGCACGUCAAAGUGCAAGUAGAUAAAUAGGUACCGCUCCAGCAGGAAGCUAAACGGUGUUUCCAUGCAUUGCUCUGGUUUUGCCAGAAGCGGCUUAGUCAUGUUGGCAACAUGAUCUGGAAAAACUGUCUGUGGAGAAACAUCGGCUCCCUCGGCCAGUAAAUUGAGAUGAGCGCCGCAACCCUCGAGUCGUUCGCGACUGGACUUGACUGUCAGGGGUCCUUUACCUUUACCUUUUAAGUAGGUAGAGGAUUGCAUCAUUUGUCAAAUUAAAAUUCAUUUUAUCAGUAGGCAACCUGAGUCCUAAACAGGUGUCUUUAGAGCACACAUACAGUGGUACCUUAGGUUACAUACGCUUCAGGUUACAUACGCUUCAGGUUACAGACUCCGCUAACCCAGAAAUUGUGCUUCAGGUUAAGAACUUUGCUUCAGGAUGAGAACAGAAAUCAUACUUUGCGGCGCGGCGGCAGCAGGAGGCCCCAUUAGCUAAAGUGGUGCUUCAGGUUAAGAACAGUUACUUAAUUCCGGAACGAAUUAAGUACUUAACCUGAGGUACCACUGUACACAUGAAUUAGGUAUGAACAGUUUCCCCCUUUCCCCCUCUGUUACUGUCCCAUUCUGUCCUUGGUCUCACAUUAAUUUUUCUUUUGUUUUGUUGUAGAGAAAAACUCUGAAAUUUCCGAAUUUGUGCAUGUGACUCCAUUUUGCUUUGUCAUGAUUUUACUGGUAUUUAAUAUUUCUUUCCCUCCCUCCCUCUGCACAAGUGCUACACCAACUAUCAUUUUCAGUGCAUGCUGUUGGUUUUCUGCAGGUACAAAAAUUGAUCAGCAAAUAGGCGCAUGCUCAGUACACUGGCCAAUGUUCUUUCUCUCUGUUCCAUUUUUAUUUUAUUCCUUUUCCCUCUCCUGCAAGUACUUAAGCAUAGUGAACAUGCCUAAAUAAGUGCAUAUUGGCAACUUUGCAUUGAUUUUUUAAAAAAUAUAUAAAUUGAUUCUGGAUGAGGCUUGUGUGACAUAUCUGCAUCAAAGGUCAGGCUGCCAGUGGCAUCAUCCAUAAAGGAAAUGCAAGAAAAUGCACUGUUGCUGUCAUCUUCCAGGGAAUACUUGGGAAGCCCAGGUUGCUUUUUUUAUUCUGUUGUAUGGAGGACAACAGGGAACACUAAAUAUCCCACAUGUCACCAAACAAGUGUAGUUCCUGUCCCCCCUUUUUUUUCCUUCCUCAGAAUUCAGAAACCCCGAGAAAAGUGGCUUCCUGAUAGUGUGUUAUCUUAUUACUCCUGAGAUAUGGCAGGCUGUAGCAGCUUUUGCCACUUCAUGCUUGCCAAACCAUCAACAUUUUUAGGAAGAAAACCUUAGCCUUUGGGCACUUUCUGGGACAUUGCCAGAUGCCAAGUGAAAUGUGAAAAUACAAAAUGCUAUUACCUUGCCGGUGUGAUAAAAUAGAACACCUUGAAGCAAAGCCCCUGAUCUCCCUCCAGGUGAUGAUUAGAGCACAUAUACAUUUUGAAGCCAAAGCUGAGGGACUGUGUCAGUGACAUCCCUUGGGGGCCCCCAAAAGUUCCAGUAGCAAAUACUCAAAAAAAGAGGAUUGGCACUCUUUAAAAAAAACCACAAAAAACUAGUGCAAAAGUCUUGGUGCUUGAAGUGGAUUGGCUUUUUAAAGACACUGGCAUUUCUAAGUUAGAAAAUACUUUCAAAUACAUGUAGAAUCCCCACAAGUGUAGCAUGCUAGAGCAGAAACGAUGAGGUUGUGGUUUUGUAUAGCAUCCACAAGUGUUAGCUGUUUUUAAACAUCCAGAAGUGCAUAAUCACCUAGGUUAAAAUAUUUGAUUUAAAAGAAAAUGCACAGAGAGUGUAGCACUGCAUCAGUUGUUUUUUUAAAGUCCUACCUAUUAGGAAGCAUUCGAGAAUAGUAAACUGCUUAUAUGGGAUCUACUGAGCUUCCUGUUAAAAUAAAGCACUGUAUCUGAACAACAUAUUCUCCCUCUCCCCAGCCCUGUUCGGGACAUGGUUGUAACAAAUGAUCGCUGGGGAGCUGACUGCAUUUGUAAACAUGGAGGCUAUUACACGUGUGCCGAUCGUUAUAACCCAGGACACCUUUUGCCCCAUAAGUGGGAAAACUGUAUGACGAUAGACAAAAAUUCCUGGGGAUACCGGAGGAAUGCACAGUUGAGUGACUACCUAACAAUUGAAGAGCUUGUAAAGGUAAAACCAGAUAAAGAAUCUGGGGCUGUCAAUUCUUGCAUUCUUUCACAUACCAUUCCUGGCAACCCUGAGUUCACUAGAUGAGACAAUGUUGAUAAUUGUAACUUUCUUUAGAAUAAUUUAAAUUUUUUUUAGAAUGCUUUUUAAAAAUUAUUGCGGAUCCUGGGCUCCUUUGGGAGGAAGGGUGGGAUGGAUAGAUAAAUAAUUGUGCAAGAGUUGUUUCUCAUUUUAAAGGGCUAGUGGCCACAAAAAAGGUACUAAGGAGCCCACUAAUGAAACGACCAUGUUGAUUCCCAGAAGGAGCACUUCCAGGUGAACAGCUAGACAAGGGUUGGGGGACUUGUCUCCCUCUAGAUGUUGUUGAACUACAGCUCCCAUCAACCCUUACAACCGGACGUGUUAGCUGGGGCUGAUGGGUUUGGAGUCCAACAUCAUCUGAAGGGCCACAGUUUCCCCAUCCACGAGUUAAACUUUCUUUGAACCUACAGUGUGGUGUGGUGGUUAAGAGCGGUAGACUCGUAAUCUGGUGAACUGGGUUCGCAUCUCCACUCCUCCACAUGUAGCUGCUGGGUGACCUUGGGCUAGUCACACUUCUCUGAAGUCUCUCAGCCCCACUCACCUCACAGAGUGUUUGUUGUGGGGGAGGAAGGGAAAGGAGAAUGUUAGCCGCUUGAGACUCCUUCGGGUAGUGAUAAAGUGGGAUAUCAAAUCCAAACUCCUCCUCUUCUUCUACAGCAAGGUACUGACAAUGUUGUAACAGAAGCAUGAAUAUAGGCUUAACAACCUACAUAAAUGUGCCAUCUCAAAUGCUGGGCAGCUAUGUUGGGAAUGCCAAACCCAGUGUGGCUUUUCAUUGCUCCUCUUCCUAUAUAAUUUCAGCAACUUGUAGAAACAGUGUCAUGUGGAGGAAAUCUCUUGUUGAACAUCGGGCCCACCCACGAUGGCCGCAUUCCUGUUAUUUUUGAGGAGCGCUUGAAGCAAAUGGGGUCAUGGCUGGCCCUCAAUGGGGAAGCCAUUUUCAGCACUAAACCUUGGAGAGCUCAGAAUGACAGUGCCACACCAGGAGUAUGGUAAGUCCGUGAAGCAAAAACACAGGAAGUACUGUACCAACGUUAAGUUUACUUUUGUUAUUGUUCCGCUAUCUUGGAUAUAUUUCACUUCCCCCUCAUUUGACUCCCUUCACAAGCAAGGUAUGAUGUAACUGAAUCAGGGAGAACUGAAUCAGGAAUGUGGCAUUUGUGCAGUGAGACUUUUAACACUUUGCUUUUGAUCCAGAUUGAAACAGCCCCUGCCUUUGUUGCAGCUGCUGUUAACCCCAGGAGGAAAGUUCCAUUGGUAUCAAUGGGAGCUCCCCUUCUGUUGAAAAUAGCAUUUAAGGAAGGGUGCAAUCUAGAUCGAAACUAUGCAAUGGGCGAGAGCAAAUCCUCCCUCAAAAUGCUGUGGUCUUGAUCAGAAUCACCCUCUUCCUCCAUAGCUGCUAUUUCAUUAAACACCCCCCCCCACACACACAUGGUCAAUCAUUUUGACUAAGCUAUCUAGUUUUGUCUUCCGUAUGAUGUGUGGGAUUACUAUUUCUAAACUAUUGGUCCUUCUCCUCUAGAAAAAGAGGUGGUUUAAAAUAACAACACACUUCUGAGGUGUGCAGUAUUUGCAAUGGUUACUAAACAGCUUUGCUGGCGAGGGUCCCAAAUUGUUUGUAGACUAGGUAGUUUCACCUUCGAUCUUUAGAAAAAACGAUUCUUCGUUUGUUAACUCCUACUAGGUAUACAUUCAAGCCAAAAGAAGACAUUCUGUAUGCCAUUUUCCUUAACUGGCCAUCUUCAGGAACUCUGAUUCUUGGGGAACCAAAAGGCGUUACCGGAAAGACAGUGGUAAGGAAUAUUUGCCUAUUUUUAUGACUUCUGUACAAUUUCUCUUGAAGAAUUUCAGGACUAGAAAGAACCUGAAAUGCAUUUCAGCAAAGCAAGAUCAUCUGCAUAUAACACCCCUAAUAGAUUAGUUUACAAGGCUAGUCAAUGUUGUUGUUUAACACCCAUUAAUUCCGGACUAUGGCUAUUCUCAUCUGGAGAGACAAACUUUUAAGUGCAAGAUCUUAAGAGAGUCAGCAUCUCUUUGAACAGCUUCUACCAUUUAAUAAAAGCUUUUCUGUUUCAGGUUAAGCUGAUUGGAUAUGAAGAACCAUUGCCAUGGGUUUCCAUGGGGGAAAAGGGAAUGAUGGUAGUCGCACCUCAAUUGCCGUUCACUAUAUUUCCGUAUCAGUGGGGCUGGACUCUGCAGCUGACUAACGUCUAUUAGCAACAGACAUCCUUCACUUUUGGUUAUUAUGACUGAUUCUUUUGUUAUUAUUCUUUUGGUGAAUAAUCAGAGCUCACUCACCAUGGCUUACCUCUGAGGUGACAGGGGAUAUAUAUCUGAAACAGAAAUAAUCUAUAGGAAGAUUCAUGCACUGAUCUUGUUCCAGCUUCAGUUUUUGAAAAGAGGACCUAUGAAAUUAGGCAGGAUCUACCACAACUAGGCAGGAAGUGCAAGUAAACCGCAGAGUGAAGCGAUGAACUAUUUUGAGUCCCAGGAACACAUUUUCUUUGGGGUAACCUAGGGACCAAAUGCCAGUGCAGAGCUGAGCCAGAGGCAAAAGUGAGCAGAGCAAUUAAAGUGAAUUUUACGUUGUACUGUAGCCUAGUUUUUUCACUUGCACCCCGCUCUCUAUCCUGCAGCCACACAAGCAAGAGGGAUUACUAGAGUUUAAGGACAUAGACCAGUCAGGCAAAACCGCUCAAGCUUUUGGGCCUUGGGAAGUCAUCUUAUGAGGCUCCCAAAAGACAGACUAAACAGAAAAGUUACGUGUCUUAAAAAGAAAAGUAUUUUGGCUUUAAAAAGCAACCAAGGGCAGCAGGGGAGUCCGCCAUGCCUAAUGUUAGAAUUGGUGCUCAAAUAACUUUAUGGACAAAAAGGGUUGAGGCAUUCUAAAACUGAAUUUGACUGUAAAUCGUGUUAUUCAAAUUUUGAUGCUUGUGUUUAGGCUUGGUUUGUUUUUUAAAUGCAGGUAUUAAAUCCAGAUAAAGUUAAGUAUGACAAACAAUACAAUCCUACCAUUGUCUAUGCAACAGUCCUACUAUGUUCGAUGGAAUAUGCUCAAGUUAAGUGUUUAGGAUUGUUUUCAGUAGGGAUAAGUGGUAAGUCGCUGUGAAUUUCAACUUCUUCCAUUGGUUUCAGUAAUAUUUGAUUCCAUUUCACUGGAGUUGGGUGUCAGAGUUUCCUCAGUCCUAUAACCUACCUCAAUAUUACCCCAUCACACUUUCCUUGAAUAUAAAAUGACAUAUUAGGACUUGGGUCAUAGUUUUGAUUAGUGAGAAAUGGCCUACAAUUAUAUACUUCUUAAAUUUUGAUACAUGUACGUUCAGUUACUUAAGUUCCAGACAGGUAAGAGUCUAAAGCUAUCGCCUCUUUGGGUAUCUUGCAGUUUGUGACUUGAAAAAAAUAAAAUUAUUGCUAAUUAAAAAAUCUGUGUAAUUGUAAUCUUCGUGAAACACUUUAAUAAAGCAGCUGAGGAGAAAUUAAUGUUAAUAAGGAGAAAUUAAUGUUGAAGUCCAGUUGCCUUGUUGAUUUACAACCAAACUCUUUUUUCUCUGUGUGAAUGUACUGUAUAUUUGCUUUCGUUAUGGGUUGGGCAAGUUCUAGCUGCUCGGUCCCACUCCUUUGCCUCAAAAGGAGCUUGGUUGGAACUGUUUCCUGCUACAAAACCAGAGAAGGAAAAGGACAAGGACAAGAAAUACAGCCUAAAUAACAGAUCUUUGAAAGAAUGGUUAAUACAACCAUUGAAGGAAGUCUGCAAUGAAAUAUUGGAAGGGAGAAAGGCACCAGAGUCGUGGAAAGAAGCUUACAUUACACUUAUACCAAAAACAGAGACUGAAAAGACACAGCUCAAGAACCGCCCCAUAUCGCUGCUAAAUGUGGAUUAUAAAAUUUUUGCAGAUAUUCUGGCUAAAAGAUUUUAAAAGGUGUUAGUAGAAGAAAUUCAUAAAGAUCAAGCGGGCUCUCUCCCGGGCAGACAUUUGUCUGACAAUAUGAGGAAUAUAAUUAAUAUUCUAGAAAUAUCAAUACUAAGGCUGUCUUGAUAUUUGUGGACGCAGAGAAAGCCUUUGACAACAUCUCUUGGAGCUUUAUGAAGAAGAAUCUACAGGGGAUGGGGGUAGGUCAAGGUUUUGAAAAUGGUAUAGGUGCAAUUUAUUCAGAACAAAAGGCAAAAUUAAUUGUGAACAAUGUAGUGACAGAAGAGUUUAAGAUUGAGAAAGGGACACGACAAGGUUGCCCAAUUUCUCCACUGCUCUUUAUAUUGGUCCUUGAGGUUUUGUUAAACAUGAUAAGAAACGACCAAGAGGUUAAAGAUAUACAAGUGGGAGUUAAACAGUAUAAACUGAAAGCAUUUGCUGAUGAUUUAGUAUUGACCUUACAGGAGCCAGAAUCCAGUACAAAAAGAGUAUUGGAACUGAUUCAAGAAUUUGGACAAGUAGCAGGUUUUAAGCUGAACAAGACAAAAACUAAGGUUUUAGAGAAAAAUUUAACUGUGAAUGAGAGAGAGAAGUUUCAGGAAGAGACAGGACUAACACUGGUUAAGAAAGUGAAAUAUUUAGGGGUUAACAUGACUGCCAAAAAUGUGAAUCUAUUUAAGGAUAAUUAUGAAAAAUGUUGGAUUGAAGUGAAAAAGGAUUUAGAAAUAUGGUCAAAUUUGAAGUUAUCAUUGUUAGGCUGAAUUGCUGUGAUAAAAAUGAACGUGCUGCCAAGGAUGUUGUUUUUGUUUCAAACAUUACAAAUUUUGGACAAGAUGGAUUGUUUCAAGAAGUGGCAGAAAGAUAUUUCCAGAUUUGUUUGGCAGGGCAAGAAGCCUCAAAUAAAAUUUAAGAUAUUAACUGAUGCUAAAGAAAGAGGUGGAUUUGCCCUGCCAGACCUCAAACUUUAUUAUGAAUCAGCAGCUUUUUGCUGGCUGAGAGAAUGGCUGCUUCUUGAAAACACUGACGUGUUGGAUUUAGAAGGUUUCAAUAAUGUAUUUGGUUGGCAUGCAUAUUUGUGGUAUGAUAAGGUAAAAGCACAUAAAGCGUUUAAAAAUCAUAUUGUUAGAAAAGCAUUGUUUAAUGUUUGGAUAAGAUAUAAAGAUUUGUUAGAAAAGAAAACCCCAAGAUGGUUGUCACCAAUGGAAGCGAAGGCACAGAAAAAACUCAAUAUGGAGGCCAAAUGGCCGAAAUAUUGGGAAAUUCUGGAUCAAGAUGGAGACAGAAUAAAACUGCAGAGCUUUGAAAAAUUGAAAAAUAAAGUGUGAGAUUGGCUCCAUUAUUAUCAAAUAAUGGAGGCAUACAAUUUGGACAAAAAAGUUGGUUUCCAGGUGGAAAAAUCAAAAUUGGAAACAGAAUUGUUAGAUUCCAAAAUUAAGAAUUUGUCAAAAAUGUAUAACUUGCUGUUGAAAUGGAACACUCAGGAUGAAACGGUGAAAUCAGCUAUGAUUAAAUGGGCACAAGAUGUUGGACAUAACAUAAUAAUGGCUGACUGGGAACAGUUAUGGACCACAGGUAUGAAAUUUACGGCAUGUAAUGCCCUAAGAGAAAACUUAAUGAAAAUGAUUUAUAGGUGGUACAUGACACCAGUCAAGCUUGCAAAAAUUUACCAUUUGCCCGACAAUAAAUGUUGGAAAUGUAACGAGACUGAAGCUACAUUCUUCCACCUUUGGUGGAUGUGCCCAAGGAUUAAGACAUUCUGGGAGAUGAUUUAUAAUGAAAUGAAAAAGGUAUUCAAAUAUACCUUCCUGAAGAAACCAGAGGCCUUUCUCCUGGGCAUGGUCGGCCAAUUGGUGUCAAAGAAGGAUAGAACUUUCUUUAUGUAUGCAACAACAGCAGCAAGGAUACUCAUCGCAAAAUAUUGGAAGACACAAGAUUUACCCACCUGGGAAGAAUGGCAGAUGAAGUUGAUGGACUAUAUGGAACUGGCGGAAAUGACUGGCAGAAUCCGAGACCAGGGAGAAGAGUCGGUGGAAGAAGACUGGAAAAAAUUUAAAGAUUAUUUACAGAAAUACUGUAAAAUUAAUGAAUGUUAGAAAAAUGUUGGAAUGAAGUUACAUGGCUUUAGUAGAAACGUUAUAAGGAAUUAAGUAUAAAUAGAUUAAUAGAGUAUUAAAGGAAAAAAUAAGGUUAGAAUGAGUUAAGAUAAUUAUAGGAUAGAAAACAGAGGAAGAUGGAAAGGAAUUGCUGAAAUAAUUAACAUAAGUGGAAUACAAAAAGGGAGGUGUGAGGAGGUCGUGGAAAUAAGUGAAUGAAAGAUGGGAUAAUGAAAUUGUUUGAUUUAUUUUAUUGUCUUUGUUUUAAUGUAUUGCAUUGUAAUGUAUUGCAUUGUAUUGUCUUUUUAGUGUUUAAAUUUUUGGAAAAGUAAUAAAUAUUAUUUUU